CUAUCAAUUGCAGAAAUAGCUAGCUCUUGCUCACUUUCUCUCACACUCUUUGUUAGUUAACACUACUGCUGCUUCAUUAUUUUGUGCUGAAUCAGAAAUGGGUUCUCUUGUGGGAUUGAUGUACCACUUAUUUCGUGUAAAAAUCAUCACUCUUCUCACAGAGAAGAGGGUUCACCCUGAUCUCUUUGUUCCCGAGAUUAACGAGGUUGAUAUCUACCAGUUUGAUCCUUAUGACUUGCUAGCGCUUUCAGAAACCAAGUCCGAUGACCAGGUGUGGUACUUUUUCUGUGAACCGCAUUACAAGUAUGCCAACAGUAAACGUGCCCACCGAGCAACCGGAGGAGGGAGCUGGAAAAUAACCGGUCGAGGCUGUGAUGUGAAGGAUAAAGGAAGGGUGAUCGGUAAGAAAAGGACAUUGGUUUUCUGCAGACGUGGUAGUACUUCUAAGGAGAUCAAGACUGAUUGGGUUAUGCAUGAGUUCUAUAUCGAGGACAGCCCUUAUUAUGAGAAGAAUUUUGUUGUCUGUUACAUAGAAAAAACAAAAAAAAACAAGUCUAGUGUUUCAACACCCGAUGAUGGUCAACCGAGUCACAGUCUGUCUUCACAUUAUGAAAGUCGUGUUACAGAAAAUUCUUCUUCGGAGGUGAGAUAGAACAUGUCUUGUGGUCAUGUUUCAAUAUCAAGUCGGAAACAUAUCCAGAAUUAAUACUUCUUUAUUUAUGGUUAUUGGUUCAGCUUGAA